AUGGCGGAGGUUGCAUCUACUUCAUCCCCCAUUGAAGCUCGAUCUCUGUCCUCUGUCACCUCGAUAGCCGCCAAUCCCCCCGCAUAUCCGCGCAAUCCGACGCAGACACCACACGAUCGCCUUGUGCUGUACAUUGUCAAGGUUCCUGGGAGUCAAGAUGUCGUGUUGACUCCAUUGAAACCUCCCACUAAAUCCAACAUCUCGAGCGAAGCGAUUAAUUCGUCGCUAUACUAUCUCCACGUCGCGAGCGAAUCCGACGAGGAUGUUCUACGAUCGUUAGAGUCGGAGCACGAACAAACCCAACAUGAACCAUAUGGUGUGUCGCAGCAUGAUGAACCUACGUCAUCGCGUCUAUCCUCAGAAACGUUUUCGCGAUUGAAUGACUUUCACCGAAAACCUGUAGGAGGGGGGAAUGGGGACGGGGACCGGGAAGGGAUUCCUCCUCCUCCUCCGCCACCACAUCGCGAGAUUCCUUCAGGUCAGAGUGUUCAGCGAAAGCUGGCGCCGGCGGCAGAUGCAUAUGGGCAUGGCGAGGAGGGAAGAAAGGAUGAGAAUCUAAAAUUAUUCACUAUCCCUCGACGCCCGAUAACGUCCUCGGACGGUCCUGGUGCUCCCCCAUCCACCGCUAUGCCCUCGCCGCAAAUGAGGCUGGAUACGGAAAGGGCCCAAGAACGAGGAGCUGAGAAGGUGUCUUCUUCGCCGGCUACAGGCAGCCCGAAAUCGUCGUCUGCAUUCCGCAUCACCGUGAUCCGUCGCGAUCCUGCAUCUGGUUAUCAGUGGAACGUUGGAAGUAUAUCCAGCUCCAGCACCAACAAAGGCACGAUCCGUGUGGAAAUAACGAACCCAGGCUAUGGCAAAUUCCUCAACAAUGAGGCUUUUUCCUUGGGUCAGAGUCUUCCGGCUGCAAGUCAUGAUGGGAAUGCUGCUGCUGAAGCUAUCAAGGCACUAGCUCUUACUACUCAGCAGAAUAAUAAUCACUCCGACGGGAUCUUCCGCAGGGAUGUAGUCCCCAUCAGACAUAAUCAGCAACAUCACCACCAUAACAUCUCCAAAUCGGAAAUAUUCCACCGCCGCUCGGGAUCGGCGGAUUCGAAAAUAACGGAUAUCGUGAACGCCAAAGUCACGCGGGGGUACUACUCCUUCACGUCGCCGUGGAACGGGACAUGCUCAUUUGUUGCCAGCGUCAAUGGCCGCAGUAUCAAGUGCAAACAUACGAUAGCGAACCCAUCUAGAGGUGCCGGGGCCGACAGCCACCACAAUAAUAAUGCUGAAGUAACUGUCUCUGAGCUCCGAUUCAACAUCCCAUUCCCGUUUGAACAGACUUUCCGGUCCCCGCUGGCAAGCGUCGUUCUUGGGGAGAAGGGGAGUAAGCGCGGCGCAUUGGCGCAGGCGAUUACUUCGAAUAUACAAAAAGCCCAGCAACGCGCUCGUUCUCGCAGUGGAAGCGAGUCGGCGCCAAACUAUCGACCUCCCUCAGCGAGUAGUUCUGAGGGUUUGGCUGCUGCUGAUGAGGAUCGAUUGGAUUUCUCGCUAGCCAGGGAGCCCGGCGGUGGUGGGAUGAGUGGGAAGAGUGCGAAAUUGGGGAAACUGGUUAUCGAGGACGAGGGUAUCAAGAUGAUUGACCUGGUUGUCGCGACGUCGAUGGGUGUUUGGUGGCGGGCAUGUAAUCGGGUUCCAUAG